CCUCAACAGACGGAGGAAGAUAGAGAGGUUUGGGGUGUGUGUGUGUGUGUUUUUAUCAAGUUAAGAAUAUGGAGAAUCUACCCGCGGAUCUUUGUUUGAACAUCUUGUGCUUAUUGGAUCAUCAGGACCUCGUAACAGCCCAGCAAGUGUGCAGGAAGUGGAAGCUCUUGGCUUCAGAAAAUGAUCUUUGGUCUAAUCUAUUUGAACAACGAUGGGGAAUAGACCGAGCCAUAUUUUAUGCACCUACCGAGUCAAAAUCAUGGAAAGAUGUAUAUGCAGUUCAAGACCGGUGUGAUCGUGUUGGAUUGGGGCUGAAGAUUAUAAGGGAAGGAGAUGACUAUUUCCUGAUCCACCAAGGAGAAAUUCAAAGACAUUUGGGUUCAAGAAGUCUGCAAUUGGGAACAGAUGAUGUUUCAACAAGUUCAGUUGCAAGAUAUACAGGAGACGAGUUAAUGGGUAGAAAUGACCGUCAGAUGGGGAUCCUCGACAGAAUCUUAUUCUUCAUCGGGGACUUGGAAACUGCCUCAGCACCUGCAAAACGAGGUCGUUUGUUGUAAAUAUUACUGUGUAUAUUGUGGUGUUGUCAUGUGAUGGUUGGUUGUAUAUCACAGUAAAAAUGUAUAUACAGCUUUCCAUAUUCCUGUAAUUUAUCUUUUAGUUUCCAUCACCGAGUGUUAUAUAUCAGAUAUGUAAGCUAACUUAUGAUUGACGAUUGCUGUUGAAUGCUAAUAAUGUGUAAUCCAUUCUUCAGUCUGAUGC